AGUAUUAGUUUAGUUUGACACAUUCAUAUUUUAAAUUACGUUUUUAUAACUAUAAUUUACAUUUAUUAUUAGACUUUUACAUAAGGGAUAUACAAAAUUAAUAUGUAAAUAAUUUUCGAUAGAUAUAUUUAACGAUAUGUGUGAUAAUCGGUGUCAGUUAUUUCACAGAGAGAAUUACAAGAAAGAAGAAUUCUUACGUAUGAAAUGGUUUUUAAAGAAUCAACAGAAAUUAAUAGAUAAUUUAGGUAUUGCAAAGAGUACAGCACAAAUUAAAAUAAAAAGCAUAGAAAAAGAAUCACCAAAAAAAGAUAAGAUCGAGCCCAAAAUAAGUAAAAAAUACAUGCCGACAUGGAGACCACCUAAUAUUGAUGGUUCUGUAAAUAUUGAUAUAAUGAAACCAAUUGAGCCAGAAAUACGUGCCAUUCUUUAUGAAAAAGGAAUUGAAAGUUUUAUUUGCAGUGAUAAUUAUUUUCGUAAAAGAUUACAAAAAUUACCGGAAGAUCGUUUUUAUUUUCCCGAUUGUACAAAUUGGCUUUAUGGAUGGCGUCUUAAUGAUUAUAAUUUACCUCCCAUUAGUAAAUUUGGUGCUAAAUCUGUUAUACAGGCUCAAUUUUAUCAACGGACUGCAUCUUGUCUACAACGAGACCCAGAUUGGUAUCGUAAUUGUCAAACAAAUAAUCCAAAAAAUUUCAAUGAUUUGUUGACUUAUUAAGAAUUGACUAAUUAGAAGUACUACUAAUUUUAUUACCAUCUUUUUAAAUAACAAUCAAUUUUGUUUUUCUAACAGUAGAUUCUGACAAAUUGUAUUAUAUUUUUUUGUAUCUAAUGUUUCAUUUGAAGUCUGAUCCAUUUGUUGCGAAUAAAUAGAUUCUGAAGGUAAUACAAACUCAGCCUGCUUUGGUACGGUAUCAAAUACAAAAGUGACAAACUUAUGAAAUUCUUGGUUAAUCUUAUCAAAUUUCUCUUUUAACAAUUUAUUAUUGCUUUGAUAUCUUUCAACAGUUUCUUCGGCCGUAUUUAACAUUUUCUUUAAAUCCAAGAUAAUGUUUUCCAAAUUACUGAAUUUGUUCUAAAAUAAAGAAAUAUUUAAAUAUAUAGUAUUAUUUUUUUUUUCUUUUUUUGGAAAAUCAAACAUGUAUUAGUUUAAAAUACCUGGAAAUUAUUUUGUAUUUUUUGUUUUUCUAGAUUAGAAUGUAAUCUUUCAAGGCAAAGCAUGUACAUAACAUUAGCUAUAUUCUUUGUCUCAAGUUUUACUUUUUGAACAUAUAAUGAUUCCAUUUUUUCCUUUUUCAAUUUUUCUAUUUUUCUAUUGUUUUUCAUAUGUUCCUUCCUGAAUUAGUUACAAUAAAUUAAGAAACUCCGGAUCAUCAUAAAGUAUGUAGAAGAAUAUUUGUGAAAGUACCUUAAAAUCUCAUUAACAUCUGCUAUUAUAUUUUCUAUAUGUGAUCUGCGAGUUUGCUCAAAUUCUUCAUAAAGAUCUGCCACCAUAUAAGACAUUUCAUUACGUAUUUUUCUUAACAUAUGUUGUGUCAUAUUUAUACGUUGUUGUACCACUGCUUUCUGUAUCUCUUUAUUACAUUUAAUAAUAACUUUCGCAAGUUCAAUCUGUCAACAGAGUUAUCAUAUAUUAUUAGAUAUAUUAUUUACUGAUGCAUAUAUAAAUUUAAAUUAUUCACCUGUAAUUCUUUCUGCAUAUCACACUCUAUGGUAUUAAUAUAUUUUUGCCACAUCAUGUGGAUUUCUUCUGUAUUGAUUUUAAUUGCUUGGCGCUUUUCAGCUUCGCAUAAAUAUUUUUGAUCGAUUAACUGUUUUUUAAAUUCCUUCUUUAUAUUUGCUUUAAUCUCUGCUUUGAAUUUAUUUAACAGAUCUUGCCCUAAGGCUAAUUAUAUAUUUUACACAAAGAUUGUUCAUUUUAAUAACACCGAUAUGUAAUACUUAAUGCUAUUACCAAGUAUUCCUAAAUGUGUGCAUUCUUUAAUUAUAUUAUUAUUUUCUGGUAAGCUUAAAACUUUUUUGCUUAUUUGUGCACACGGUGAAAUCCAGAGAUCUCCGGAUACUUGCUUUAGUGGUGGUAUUAAUCCUAACAAUUUUUUGGUUUCUUGAUGAUCAUAAGCAAAUAGUGUUUUUGCUAAUAGUAAACCAAGGUGAAGACCAACUUCCGUUUGUGUUGGAAUUUUCUCUUGUAUAGAAUCUCGUGUGAUUUAAAAUAUAAAUGAUAAUUAUGUUAGAAACAAUUUUUAUAUUUACAUAUAUGUAGUAACUUAUUAAUAUAACUUACUCAUAGUUUUAUAUUUUUCUUGUGAAUUUUUUUACUGAAAGUAGUGUUUAGAGAGAUUGAGUUAUAUCUUAUUUGUAAUUUAUAUAUAACGUUCAAAUGUUUUUUUACCAAACAAAACUAAAUCUAAAGACCUGAUAUAUUAUAUUUUUUGCACAUACCUGCCAACUGGAUCUUACAUUUGUAAAUAAAAAUUUGCAAAAGCAAAAGUUAGAUUCAUAAUUGCAUAAGGUUAGACGAAUCUAUAAUGAUAUAAUAAAUUGUUAAUUUCUCCUUUGAUAAAAAUUUUGACAAUUAUAUUUUACAUCAAAUCAGUAAAAUAUCUUAAAGUAUCUAUAAUUGUGUGUUAUUUAUUUAUUCACUUUUGUAAAUAAGAAUUCUUCUCUUUUGAUCAUAAUCUUUUUCCAAACGUAUGAGUACCUACAAUGAUUUAUCAAUCGUUUUUCUAAUUUAAAAUUUUUCCUUUCUUCUCACGUCAUAAUUCGAAUUAAUCAUCGAAAAUAAGAUAAUUAUAACGAAGGUACGACUAGCAAUUUUCAUGAGAAGAAAAAUAUUCUCUGAGAAUUCGAUUUGAAUUUCGCGCUGUGAUGACGUAAUACACCAAAGUAAAAUGGCUACUGUUUGUUGAAAUUUGAUGAAUUAGAACUUUUCGAAAUAAAAAAUUAAGAAGAAACAAGCUUACAAAUACGAAUAACAUUAGAUUGUUUUUCUUGCCAUUAUUAUCAUCAUCGUCAUCGAUAUGAAUUGAGCGCCGGAAUGACAUUAUUAAGAAAUUAAGCGAAAUUUUCGAAGUUUUGUGUAUUAGAGAAAAAAUUUUCAAUAUAAAUGAAUUGAGAAAAAGUUUCAAGUAUGAAUUUAUUUGUUAUUUACUAUUACUAUCGCUAUAAUUAUCACUAUUACUAUUAUUAUCACGAUAUAUAUUU